UGAUAAGAGAGCAAGGAAUUUCGGCGUAGGAGGUAAAUUUAGUUUUCGUGUUGUGGUAGCAAGCAGCGGGCGGCAAGCCGGAGUUGGGUGCCGGCUGUCGUUCAGGACUCAAGAGGAUCGUCUACAACAACAAUAAUUUGGAUUAUCAAGAUGUAACAUCGAACUCAACAAUUAACCCACGUGGACCAUAUUUUUACAGGUGGAGUGUACGAGCGUGCGCGUGUGUAUGUGAUGACUAGUGCAGUGUCAGUGUAAGUGUAAGUGUAAGUGAUGAGAUAUGAGGGAGAGCUGCACGUCAAGUACCUGGGCCGUGAGUACGAUGUGUCGAGGUUCCGAAAGUUCCACCCAGGGGGCGCCAAUACACUGGCGUGGUUCCGUGGAGGCGACAUAACCAAACAGCUGAUACAGACGCACCACUCGGAGGCGGCGUACAGCCUGCUGGAGGACUACAAGGUGGACGAGACGCUGGAGAACAAAGAUGAGGAGCAGAUAGACUGGUCACAGUCCCUAGUCAAGCAGGUGGGAGGUCUGGGUGAGAGGUAUCACUCCUGGGUGGUGCGACCUGUGGACCGACGCGCCAGACUGUUCGAUGCUGAUUGGCUGGAGCAGCUGACCGUCGUGCAGUGGUACGUCAUACCGCUGGUGUGGAUCCCUGUCUUCUUCCUGCUGCUUUACGUGUCGCACUUACGACUAGUCAUCUAUGUGGACUCUCCAGUGAGAGAGAGUGUGUACCUGAGCGCUGCCGUGGUGGCAGGUUUCCUGAUAUGGCCAGUGAUAGAGUACGCGACACAUCGUUGGCUCUUUCAUCUCAAACCUCCGGACAACAUUCCUAUACUUAUAGCGAUACAUUUCUGUCUCCACGGUCUCCACCAUAAGGUGCCUUUCGAUGAGCGGAGGCUGCUGUUUCCCCCGGUGCCGGCCGCUGCACUGGCCUACCUUGUGUACCUUCUGUACAGCGCCAUCUUCCCACCCUGGGCAGCAACCUGCGUCGGUGCUGGCACCCUCGCAGGUUAUGUAAUGUACGACCUUAUCCACUACUACCUUCACUACGGGUCUCCCAAAGAAGGCACAUACCUGUACUUCAUGAAAAGAUAUCACAAUCAACAUCACUUCGUUCACCAUAAUCAUGGUUUUGGCAUCAGUAAUCACUGGUGGGACAAGGUUUUCAACACGGGAUUGUCUCUACGCAAGCUCAAGUACAACAUGAAAUGGUGACGGCUUGUGUGUCAGAUACUCGUCGUACGCUUGCUUUGUUCCAGUGCUGUCGAUUAUUUAUUGUAAUAUACAUCUACGCUAUUCACUGCCUUUGUUAUUAUGUUGUUUUCCUCUUUGUUUCCCCUCAAAGAGCAAAUAUAUUGUAUAUUGUAAUGUA